AAGAAGGGGCAUAGAGAAAGGAGCGGCGUCCGUUGGAGAGAGGGGGCGAGAGACAUAGGGAGCGGGGUGACCUUUUCUUUCCAUUUUCUAUCUCCUCUCGGUUCGAUCCUCUCCCAGGAAAAGGUCUCCGGAUCCCUCUCGAUCGUGGUUUAUGAGCUCGAAGGAGAAACCCACUCUUGGUGGUACGCGGAUUAAGACCCGCAAACGGAACAUCGCAGCUCCUUUGGACCCUGCAGCUUUUGCAGAUGCAGUGGUCCAGAUAUAUUUGGAUAAUGCUGGUGAUCUGGAACUUGUUGCCAGGAGUCUCGAAUCCUCUGAUCUCAACUUCUCAAGAUAUGGUGACACCUUUUUCGAGGUGGUCUUCACUGGUGGCCGUACCCAACCCGGCACUAUAAAGCCUGAUGAAGGGGAGCGCCACACAUACUCUGUUUUAGAUUGUCAACCAACACGUGAAGCCAUUCUCCCAUAUGUUCUUUACAUACAGAAGAUCUUGAGAAGAAGGCCAUUUCUUAUUAAAAAUCUUGAAAAUGUUAUGCGAAGAUUUCUUCAGUCACUGGAACUUUUUGAAGAGAAUGAAAGGAAGAAACUUGCUAUUUUCACAGCCCUCACUUUCUCUCAGAAACUUUCAGGUCUUCCACCAGAGACGGUUUUUCAGCCGCUGCUCAAGGACAGCCUUGUGGCCAAGGGGCUCGUUCUUUCAUUCAUAACGGAUUUUUUCAAGGAGUACUUAGUUGAGAACAGUCUUGAUGAUCUAAUAGCCCUCCUGAAGCGGGGUAAAAUGGAAGACAAUCUUUUGGAGUUCUUCCCCACUGCAAAACGAUCUGCAGAGGGUUUCUCUGAGCACUUCAGGAAGGAAGGGCUCCUUCCCUUGGUUGAUUACAAUGAGAAAAAGAUAUUUGAUGUCAAAUUGAAGGAGAUGAAGUCUACUCUUAUUUCACAGAUAUCAGAAGAGGCUGAUACUUCAGAAGUUAUAGAAACAGUGAAGCAGCACGUGAAGGAUGGUAAAUUUCCAGAUAUUGAUGUUGUCAGGAUCCUGUGGGAUGUCAUCAUGGAGGCUGUCCAAUGGUCUGGUAAAAAUCAGCAGCAAAAUGCAAAUUCUGCACUUCGCCAGGUGAAGACUUGGGCCAAGCUUCUGAACACGUUUUGUGUGAAUGCGAAACUUGAGCUUGAGCUCAUGUACAAAAUUCAGAUCCAAUGCUAUGAGGAUGCCAAGCUGAUGAAGCUGUUUCCUGAAAUUGUAAGGUCUCUCUAUGACCAGGAUGUGCUUGGAGAAGACACAAUUUUGAUGUGGUUCCGUAGAGGCACCAACCCAAAGGGCAGGCAAACAUUCGUGAAAGCUCUGGAGCCUUUUGUAAACUGGCUGGAAGAGGCUGAGGAAGAAGAAUAAAAUGUAAAAUGUUAGAAUAAGUUUUAUGUAGUUCUUAGCAUAGAUAAGCCUUACUGUUACCUAAUCACCUGUCGUUGAGCUGCUCUUCCGUUUUUUAAUUUUUUAUAUUUCUGGAUAACGAGGAGAAACAACUUUCAUGGUUGUUCAUACAUCCCAGAGGUGGGCUAGGAGAUGCAAGACGCUAUGCAAGACUGUAUCUCUGCUCUUAUGCAGAAUUAAACUGUACAAGUGCUCUCCAAUCCACCUCAGGGAUGUUCUUUAGUCUUUAUCUUUAAGUUGUGUUCUAUGGACUUCUAGAUACAUAUGUCUAUUUCCUUGAUAACUUUUUUUUUC